UUGUGAGCUAUUUUUAUGACAAAAACUUGAAAAAUGUUAUUCUAGAGAAUUUCUCUAAAUUAUAUAUACCAUUAUUAUUAGGCUUGUGUAAAACUGUCAAAAAGUAAAACGCAUUUUUAAUAUUUUUAUUUUCGGAACAAACCAAUAUUUUUCAACAGAAACAAAUCAAAUUUAUUUGAUAUAAUUUGUAAUUCUGUAUUUUGCUUGUGUUUUAAUCUAUUCUUAUUUUUUUACAUGGGUAAAGAUAUUAGAUGAUAAUAACUCGUUGUCAAUCAUAUUGUUUGGGUCGGUCAGUGAAGAAUAAGAUUACUUAGCAUUAAUUAUUAAAUAUAUAUUUGUCGACCAAAUAUUACAUUUAUUUCUUCUACACACAGAUAUUAUGUACCGUUGACUAUAAUCUUUAUAUUAGAGAAGUGGAUCCGAGAACUUUGGAGUCACAACAGAGGUUACAAAACAUUUAUGUAAACGUUAUGCUCAAACUAUUAAGGAGUGGUGGUUACUUUGGAAAAAGAAUAUCACGUAGUGGUUACUUUCAAAAAUUAAAUGGGCAUUGCAGUUAUCAUAUAAAAAGUAUGUAUUGUUGAAAUAAUUGCUGGACUCUAUUUUUAUCAAUGAGUCACACUGCUGUUUUAAUAGAAUAGACUAGAUUCUGACCCGCCCUUAAAGGGCGGGUAUAUGUUUUAUAUUUUUUAGAAGUUUAAUUUUAAUAUUUAUGUUUUCUUUUGUAAUAAUCAUAUUUAUGUUUUUUUAUAAUAAUAUUUGUGUAAAAUAUUUUUUAAUUAUUCGUAAGAGGUUUUGGCAAUUGUAUUGAAUUUGUGAUGUUGCAUUACUAUACACUUGUGCCAUAGCGAUUUCACACAUUAAUCUUAUACUUUAUUCCUAAACAGUUAUUAAUUUUUUAAAUAACAAAGUAUAGUUAUAUUUUAUUUAGUAAUCAAAUAAUAAUCUAGAUUUUGACCCGCACUUUAAAAACACGGAUAUGUUUUGACUGAUUAUUUUUACAAAAUUUGAAUAGUGUUAAUUACUUUAAUAUGAUACAACCUGAUUAUUUGAAACAUUAAAAUUUUACAGUUUUGCAAAAUCAGGACAUGGAUUUUUUCACAAAUUUUUAUGUUUUUAAAUAUGUUAAAUAUUUUUGGUAAUGAUAAAUUUUGUACAUGUGGAAGAAUUAAUAUUUUGCUAUAUGAUAACAUAUCUUGUAUAUCAUUUUUGUAUGAACAUAAAAAGUCGAUAGUUUUUGUGCAUAAAAAAUAAUUUUGAACACAAUGAUAUAAAACAAUAGCAGUGUUUUGAAAACUAAACCGGCCGAGGCCGGACCGGCCAGACCGUGACUCGCACUUCUAACAUGGUCCGGAUUGUGCUAGAAUCGGAUUUGAGUUAAACCGAUAAAUCUGGUAAAAAACGGUUAAAAACUAUGAAAAUUUGCUAAAACCGAUGAUCCGGUUUGAUAUUUAAACAUGGUUUUAUGAAAUUCAAGUAAAAAAAAUACAAUUUUAAAAAAAAAAUUAUAAAAAUAAUAUUAUUUUAAUAUCUAUAUUAAUAUAUUAGUUUUCAUUACAUUUAUAUAUUAUUUUAAAAAAUUUCAUAUUAUUUUCAUAUAGUUUUUAGAUUCUGAAAAAAAAUUAUAAUAAUAAUUUUAUACAUACACAUAUAUGUGUAUAUAUAUAAUUACUUAAUUUAAAAUUAAAUUAAAAUUUUAAACUUGAUUGGACCGGUCUGAUCAUUGACCCGAUGCCAAUGCCUGGUCCUGUUUUCAAAACAUUGAGUAAUAGAUCAUUACUUUUCAAUAUUAAAUAUUUGAAUAACAUUUUUUUACACAUCAAUUUGAUUAGUUUAAAACCUAGACAAACAUAAGUUUUUAAAACUGGUAUUACAUAUGAUGUGUUGCAGUUCAUGUACUAAUGAUUUACCUUGGCUUAGCGCAUAGAGAUGAUGUUAUUUUUACAGCAUGUCACGUGUUCGAUCGAAGUACAACACUUUUUGUGUUUUUUCUUUUCUAAAUAAUUUCUUUUAUGAAUGGCACUAUUGUAAAUAUAUCUUCAUCUUCCUUAUGAUAGCUUCUCGAUUUCUGCAAAAACAUUUUCAUGGCCGUCAUAAAAAAAAUUAUCAUUAUAGGCUGCAGCAAUAUUGUGGUUUUCUUUUAGAUCCUUCAUCAAUUUUGUAGAUCUGGUAUUUAAAUUCCAUUCCAAACAUUCAAAACCCAGGAAUAUGGAUUAUUUUUACAAAACCAAUUUAUUAACCGAAUUUGGCAAAAUCGCCACGGUAACUCUCCGCCGAGCGCUCCAUCACCGAGCAAUCGAUCACCACGUCCGCGUUUCUGAACCUAAAAAUAUGUCUGUUUUUGUGAUUAAACGUACUAAAAUUUGUGUUUGUAUCAUACUUACACAAAUUGUUAGUUAUAUGAAAUUGUACGAUUUGAAAUUAAAGUUAGUCGACAGUUUGAGAGAGAGAGAAGUGAGUCCGCAUAUUUUGCUAAUUGAAUUAGUGGUUACAAUAUUUGUAUAAAACGCAUAAAAGUCAGUUAUAAUUAAUAUUUAGAAGAUGGUUAUAAAAUAUGUUGGACACAAUCUUUAUCAACUUGUCAUACUGCUGUUUUAAUAGAAUAGAUGUUUUAGGGGAUCCCAUGCUUUAGGUUCUAUAGUUAAGGAGUGAGGUUUAAAUUGUUUAAAAAUAAAUAAAUAAAGAUCAAAAAUUUCAAAAUAAUAAUUUUUAAAAUAGUUUCAAAAACAAAUUUGGAAAGAAAAUUUGAAAAAAAAAUUCAAAAAAGAUUAUAAAAAAGUUUAAAUUUGAAAACAUAUAUUCUAAAACUAUACAACAUAUUUUUUACUAUUAUUAUUUAUUUAUAUUUAUAUAUAUCUAUAAACAAUGGUAUAAAAUUCUUUUGUCUCUUUAAUGAAACCUUUUUUAAUCAUUCUUUUUUUGAAACACACAUGAUAUUAAUUAAUUACCCGUUAGUUAUAAGCAUUAAAAGCUUCAUCAACUACCAGGGUUCAGACUACAAUCAAAGCAGUUUUUGCAAGCCUAUCAACCAUAAGGUUUCUCUCACGAGAGAUCCAGGCAAAAGACAAAUUGAAAACCUACAACAAGAGAUAAAAUAUCCGAGAAAACACUAUAGAGUUCAUGGGAAUAGCAGCAUAAUUGAUGGCCUUAAUAAGUUGCGCGGAGUCGGACUCCACUUGCAGUAUAUCAAUGUCCAACUCUAUGCAGGAAAGCAAGCUCACGACGGACAAGGCCCUCAGCCAACAUUGGCGUAGACACAUGAGACACCGUCUCCUUGAAAGAUAGAUUUGUAUAUGUCGAUAGAAUCACCCAGCCUAAACCUGAUAACCGAGGCGUUACCUGGGAAGGGGGUCUCGAUGUGUUGACGCAGGUGUACUAGGCCUUGUUCAGGUAUUUGGUCUUCCAUCCAUUCUCUGGCUAAAAAUAUUGUAGGUUCUUUUGAUGACAAUUUUUUUUAAAUGAGCUAUUUGAAAGAAUUGUCCAUAUUUAUAUAAUAAUAGAUUUUGAUUUACUUACGAAUAUUAUUUUUUUGUUUGGAUAGAUAUAUAAAAUAAAUGAAUAAUAAAAAUUUAAAAGUGCAUUCAGCCUAAUGCAAUUGGUCAAUAAUCAAUAAAUAAGAUGAAUAGAUUUUUAUUCCAAUAUAUAAGUAUAACCUCCAUGGGUAACAUAAGGCUACACUUUCUUAAUUGUAUAUGAAUAUUUCGUGGUUCUCAUGGAAAUUAUAAUAUUAAUUACCGACAAUCUUUCAACAAAAAUAAGUCAAAUUAGUUCAACUUGAAAGGUCUUUGCAGAUCUAGUAUGGAAGCAAAGGUGGUGGAUCUUAGCCUAGCGUCUGGGUAAUAUAAAUAAAGAUUUUCAUGUUUGAAACUAAUAAGAAUUAAUAAUAUACAUUUAAGCAUGUAGCAUUUAGCUUGAAAACUGGAAGUUGGGUGGGGUGACUGGAGUCAGAUUUAAAUUGGGUUAAAAAAAAUUAAGAACGUGGUCGGCUUCGAAUUUCGUGUCCCGCAACAGUCUCAUCUUGCGUAAGUGAUUGAAUAUAAAACGUGAACUGAACUAAUUUGAAAAUUUUAAAACACACAAAUAGUUCCAAACAAGGAAGGAGACUUCUUCUUCAUCUAGUUCAAAUGUUUCAGAGAUGGAACACAAAGAAGAGUCGGCUACCAGUGGCGGGUCUACUCUUCAUGCUCGCACUCGCCGUCACCUUUAUGGUUCUCUACGACGAGCGUAGCAUCCACCACGACAACACUAAUCGCGAGCAAGAUCUCCAAGAAACUUCCAUCCUUACAUCUUUCGUCCAUCCCAAUCUUCCUCCUCGGAAUGAUCUCGAGGUUUUGGAUAGAUUCAGCCGGUGCAACUCGACUAAUGAGUACAGUGGCAAGAAAAUCGGAUGGGUUGACCACCAAGGAUCAGACUUUGUUGCUGCUGCUGCAAAGGAGGAGGAGAACAUUUGUGAUGUCUUCUCUGGGAAAUGGGUCUUUGAUAAUUCUUCUUCAUACCCACUACACAAGGAAUUUGACUGUCCUUACAUGUCUGAACAGCUGGCUUGUGAGAGGUAUGGCAGGCCUGAUUUGGAGUAUCAACAUUGGAGAUGGCAACCUCAUCCCCCCUGCAACUUGAAAAGGUGGAAUGUGACCGAGAUGUGGGAAAUGCUGAGGGGAAAGAGAAUGAUGUUUGUUGGUGACUCUUUAAACAGAGGCCAAUGGGUUUCUAUGGUUUGUCUCUUACAGUCUGUUAUCCCACGUGACAAGCAAUCCAUGUCAACUAACGCUUCCCUCACCAUCUUCGAGGCUCAGGAUUACAAUGCCACGGUGGAAUUUCUGUGGGCUCCAUAUCUCGUGGAGUCAAACUCUGACGACCCGGUCAAUCGAAAGCUAGAUGAACGGAUUAUCCGACCAGAUUCAGUUCUCAAACAUGCAUCAAUGUGGCAACAUGCUGACAUCUUAAUCUUCAACACAUACUUGUGGUGGAGGCGACCGCGUCCUGUCAAGCUCCAAUGGAGCAGCAAAGAAAAAGGAUCGUGCGAGGAGGUGAAGGGCGCGGAGGGAAUGGAAAUGGCUAUGAAUACGUGGGCUCAUUGGAUUUCCAACAACGUCGAUCCAAACACAAAGCGGGUCUUCUUCGUUACAAUGUCUCCUACACAUAUAUGGAGCCGAGAGUGGAACCCGGGAAGCGAGGGAAACUGCUACGGGGAGAAGAAGCCAAUCGAGGAUGGGAGUUAUUGGGGUAGUGGGUCAGAUAUUCCGACAAUGAGGAUGGUGGAGAAAGUGUUGAGGAGAUUGGGACCAAAGGUUUCUGUUCUCAACAUCACACAGUUGUCUGAGUAUCGUAAAGAUGGUCAUCCCUCUGUGUACCGCAAAUUCUGGGAACCUCUAAACGAUGAAAUGUUGAAAAAUCCGGCAUCUUAUGCGGAUUGCAAUCAUUGGUGUGUACCUGGAGUUCCUGAUGUCUGGAAUCAAUUGCUUUUCCAUUUUCUGUGACCAUUACAAAAUCCUCGAGAUAGUUUUUUUUUUGUCCUGAUGUUGUUUUCGUUUUUAUAACACACAAUCUUUCGAUUCCA